UUUACAUGUCAAAUGGAAGUAUCCGGAAAGAGACGUGACCCUGACCUUGACGAGGGCUCCGCCGACGCUACUGUCUACUGUCAGCCGUGUGAAGAGGAAGGCAAAUGCGCUGUAGCCCAGAAAUUCUGUCAGACCUGCGAGGAGUACAUGUGUGAUCCAUGCAACAAGGCCCAUAAGAGAUUUAAGGUGACCAGGAACCACAUCAUGUUGUCUAAAGAUAAGAUGCCGUCUUCCUACCCGUCCACCAAGCAGUCUGACAUCGGUGUAACUGAAUAUUGUAGAACACAUCCGAAGGAGGUGAUCAAGUUUUAUUGUCCGACCCACAGCGACCUUGGUUGUGGUGACUGUAUAGUCAUUGGCCAUCGCACGUGCAAAGUCGACUACAUUGCUGAUGUGUCUAAAGAUUUCACCAAUGGAAGUGAAUUCAGGGAGUUGGAACCAUCUAUUAAACGAACAGAAGAUCUUCUAUCUGGGUGCAUAAGUAAAGUAAAGGAGCUUUUUGACGAGGUCGAACAGCAGUCUAAGGAUGAGAUCGACAGGCUGAGAAGGUUCCGGACAGAAAUCAAUACCUACCUGGACCGACGCGAGAAGGAGUUGCUCGGCAACAUCCAGAAAAUGAAGACCGAUGAUGAAAGCGUGCUGACUGAACUGAAGACUGAUUGUGAGUUGGCAAAAAGUGGACUUGUGGCCACUAGGACAGAACUGAUUUCCGGGGACGUCUCGGAUAAUCAGCGAUACGUGACGGCAAGGAGGGUCCAGAAGCAGCUACGAGAGAUUCAUGACAAGAUGGAGAAGAUGGCUGGUAGGAUGAAGGCCCGGAAGUAUCGAUUUGUUAAAGACCCGCUCACGGAGGGGCUGCUGGGAUCGAAAAUGGUCCUUGGAUCACUGGACGUGGCGGAAGAGUUUGUUCCUGACCUCUCCACUGUGACAUGGAAGAAGAAGGCGGGUAUCAACGUUAGAAUGACUCAGGACAAGGAAACCUGCUGGAUAAGUAGCUCAGCCCUGAUCUCGCCUGGUCUCUUCCUUUUAGCUGACUUCAGGAAUGACUGUGUCAAACUGGUAGACGUAAGCAGCCGCACCGUCACGGCCCGCCUCCAGUUGCCAGGCCAGCCAUGGGACGUGUGUGUGCUCGCUGAUGACCAGGCCGCCGUCACUUUCCCGGGUAAGUCCAUGAUUCAGCUGUUGUCAACAAAAGGAGGACAGUUAUCGCGUGGAAAGGAAAUUAAAGUAUCACCUGAGUGUCGUGGUAUUACGUCUUAUAACAACAGAUUGUACGUUUUGUACGCAUUAAACCCGCGUAUUGAAGUGAUGACAUUGGAUGGUCACAUCAAAAGUACAUUCCAAAAAGAUGGUGGAAGACAACUUUUCCAAGCACCAUAUUACCUGACUGUGUCAGCAUCAACACCACCGACCCUGUACGUGUCUGACUCUGAUGCCAACACCGUUCUCCAGCUGUCCCUAGACGGGAAGGUCCUGCGUGAGUACCGAGACAUGCAGCUCAAAUAUCCCAGGUCCGUGGUGGAGGUAGGGCCUGGUCAGCUGCUCGUAUGUGGACUGAACAGCCACACCGUGAUGCUGCUGACGGAAAGGUAUGGCAAAAUGACGGAAAUACUGGGACAAAAGGACGGUUUGACCAAACCCUUCUCCGUUACCUUCUGUCCUCACACACGUGCCAUAGUUGUCGGGAUGUGCGAUAAUACCUCCCUGAAGGUAUUUAAGGCAAAAUGACUGCUUUUUUCAUCAGUCGUGAUUUGGAGUUUCUCUGACAUGAAUUACCAUGUAUUCAAUAAUGCUUGGGCAAGUGAAAAGUAAAUACAAGCAUAUUUAUUUUUAAACAGAGGCUUAUUUAUUCGUUGUGAGCGAGUUUUAUCAAACUGAAUGAACAUUGCUAUGUAUUUGAAACAAAACUGGGGAGAAUGGUAGAAUGUGGUGCAUGUAUCUGUCUUCGUAGUUUUGUAAAUAGCCAAAAAGAUCCUUGAUGCUUAAUGACAUACAUGUAUACGUACAUGUACCUAAUAAAUACUUUGAAUAGUUUGCAGUUUUACUUUGCAAAAAUACUAGGAUAACGAAUUAGUGUUAACAUUGUAAUACUAUAAAAUACUUAUUCAAUCAUAUUUUUUGGUGUUUAUUACUUUUGAUUUUUUAUGCUUUUAUAUAGAUCUUUGAUUUUACAAAAUGAUCGUUACCUUAUCUAAAACUAAUCAUUUAAAUAUAUGUAUAAUUUUUUUUGAUGUUUUUGAAGUUAAAAUAAGGUGUUUGACUUUCAGUAAAGAUAUUUAGUUUUAUUUAGGUUUAUAUAUCAUGCAGGCAUGUUUUUUUUUUUAUCAAAGGAUGAUGAAACCCAGUCACAAUUUCAACAGUGGGCAAGUCUCCGUCAAGUUCCAUCAUGAAGUUAAUCAUGUCAGUAACUUCAGAGUUAUGCCUCUUUUACAUUUAACAAUAGUAGGUUUAUAUAUUGUGCGGGCAGUUACUUAAGUUUUUAUUAUCCAAUAAUGAUGAAACUCGGUUACAACAUUUGUGGGCAAGUUUCCGUCCAGUUCCAUCGUGGAGUGAAUCAUGUCAGAAACUCCGGAGUUAUGCCUCUUUAAUAAUAGGAAAUAGGUAUUUUAAGCAUUAGGCAGGAAAUUACUAACUUGUAUUGUCCGAUCAUGAUGGCACCAAAACUGUGUUUGUGGGCAUUAUGUCUCGGCGUAAAUCGCUCCAGUAACUCUCAUUGGUUAUGGGUAUACUGUCUUUGUCAGGUUAGGUUAUUGGGUGAAUCGCCUCAGUAGCUCGAUGGUCAUGCCUCUUUUACAGUGAAAUAUAGAAUAGCAUAAUCACUUGCAGAGACAAUUACUUAAUUAUAAAACGAUCAGUACAAUAAUGAACUUAGUGACAGUGCUUGCAGACAUAGUUUAUAUAAAUCGCUCAAGUUACACCAGAGUUAUAUCCCUUUUACAUGAAUUUGCAAUUAGCUGACUGAUUGAUUGUGUUUAAUAAUCUGACAAAGGUAUCAGUUAAACGACACAAUUUCGCUCCUUUAUCAUAAAAAAAUGAUAUUAAACUGUGUUUGACUUCAUUCUUUUUUCCAAACAAGCAACACAAUUCAAUUCCGGCGACUUUUGGGUUCAUGGUUCAAAUUUAGUUGUUUAGUUUAAACUUAUUUAUUUUACGAUUAUGAAGUUACUAUUACAUUAUAUUAAUUACUCUCAUUGGC